AUGACAAUCCUCAUUGAGCAACCAGCUGAUCACAAUGUGCCACAAUUGGAGGACAAGAAGGGUUUGGCUUCUGAGAACAAUGAAGAAUUGUUUGAAUUUGUUUUGGAUGGUGGGUUUGUGAUGCCAAAAGACAUAGCCGACAAUGAUGGAUGCGUAAAACCAGAAGCUCUUGUGUCAAAUGAUGAGUUCAUUGCCCCUGACAUCAAUGCAUUUGGCCACACAUUCAGGGAUUAUAAUGUAGAAAGUGGGAGGCAAAAAAGUGUGGAGGAAUUCUAUAGGUUGAAUCAUAUUCAUCAGACAUAUGAUUUUGUGAACAGGAUGAGGGAGCAGUACAGGAAGAUGGAUAGAGUGGAAAUGAGCAUUUGGGAAUGCUGCGAGCUCCUUAAUGAGGUUGUGGAUGAAAGUGAUCCUGACUUGGAUGAACCACAGAUCGAGCAUUUGCUGCAGACAGCUGAAGCAAUUAGGAAAGACUACCCUAAUGAAGAUUGGCUGCAUUUGACUGCUCUUAUUCAUGAUCUCGGAAAAGUGCUUCUUCUUCCUAGCUUUGGAGGGCUUCCUCAAUGGGCUGUUGUCGGUGACACACAUCCUCUUGGUUGUGCUUUUGAUGAAUCCAUUGUUCACCACAAGUAUUUCGAGAGCAAUCCCGAUCAUAACAACCCUUUGUAUAACACCAAGAACGGAAUUUACACAGAAGGCUGUGGACUAGAAAAUGUCAUGAUCUCAUGGGGUCAUGAUGACUACAUGUACUUGGUGGCCAAGGAGAAUGGAACAACUUUGCCUGAAGCUGGAUUGUUUGUUAUCCGCUACCACUCCUUUUAUCCUCUUCACAAGUCAGGGGCAUAUAAACAUCUAAUGAACGAGGAGGAUAAACAGAAUUUGAAGUGGCUUAACAUAUUCAACAAGUAUGAUCUCUACAGCAAGAGCAAGGUUCGAAUUGAUGUCGAAAAAGUCAAGCCCUACUAUUUAUCUCUUAUUGACAAGUAUUUCCCAGCAAAGCUGAGAUGGUGA